AUGGCCCCACAAGCUCCUCAAAAGCUCAGCGGACGCGGCAAGCGUCUCACCCCUCAACUGACCUGGACCCAGGAGAUGAGGAUUACCUUGGAUAUUCUGCAAAAGGACUCAUCACUGACCUGGGAACUGCGGUCCAAGGUCUUCAAUCAUAUCUGGCAGCAACACAUCCAGGCAUGCGGGUUCGUCGACACAGUGCCUUGCAAAACGCUGCAGUCUCAAUGCAAUCCGUCCGAGAAGAAGAAGAAUCAGCAGUGGAUCAAGCUGGCUGCUGGCCCCAAGACCAACGAAGAACGGGCCAAGUUCUCUCAAAUCGAAGCUCAAGUUAGAGCCCUGACGAGAGACUUCGAAGCCGGCCACGACAACCGGCAAGACGAUCCAUCCGAAAUCCGUGUAUAUCCAGCACCGGUGACUGCGAUUACUCCGCAAGGCUUCUCACCGCACCGACAGACUGAUGAACGCCCAGCAUCAGCAUAUUCGGCAACAUCAACGGGCUCCAAGGCCCAUGUGCUGCAACCAGCACCAAGGUCGAAUGCCGACGACAGCCAAGUAACAAGCUCUGAACACUUUCAGCCACUGAGCAAGCGGCCAGCGAUUGCGGUGUGGGAUCCCGAAGCCACCGCGCUGGAGUCAGGGGUUAGUCAGCGCGCUCCUAAGCGGCAGCGGAUGGCUGUCUCGCAUCCUCAGGUGCAGGUAUGUGUCCGACGACGGGAUUGGAGCAUGGCCUCUGAGGCGACAGUCUCUCCGGCGACCCUUCUCGCGUCGCCCUCGACAGCCUCUCGUUCGUCUCAAAUUCGAAACCCCAAAGUCGCUACCCCCAAAAGGCCGUACCAUCGGCCUUACGACAUCAUCAGGGGAUGCAAGCCCCUGAGUCUCACCGAGGAGCAACAUAGACGCUCACAACAAGAUUUGAUUCCUGUGCCGGAAGAACUCGCGCAUGCGCCCUUGACGCCACUUCUCUAUCGGUACUGGGUGCCUCGCCCUGCUGAGGAUGGACGCUGUGUGAACAGUGAGACCGGCUUCGGUGAGUCUCCUGCCAGGAGCGAGGCAUUUCCUCAUGUCUGAAGGGACUGCUUACGUUCUACACUUGAAUUUUAGUGGCCGGGAGGUACGCUCACUGUGUACGGAUGUACCAGCCUCCGCGACAUCCGGAUUGGACGGAUAUUUUGAACCACAUCGGACGAAGGCCGCAUCCUAGUCCGUACAUUUCCGUGUCGAAUGCAUUCUUCUGGGUCUUACGCAAUGCGCUCAAGGAAGCCAACAAGCAGAAUGAGAAAGGCGAGAUGGCGGAUGUACACAUCGCCAUCAUUGAUGCCAGGCGCCUGGACAAGCGUUCCGUCUUCUACGUGCCUCCCUUUCACACGGAGACCAAGAAGAAGUUCGGCCAUUAUGACGGAGCGUGGAAUUACAGCGGCACCCAUGAGUUUCUUGUCGAGAGAGAGAUCCCAGGAAGCGCCAUUAUCCGCACCGUCAGGGUCCGUGACCUCGUGCGCCUGGCAAGGGGCAAUCCAGUGCUGGAGCAAGCUCUCGCGUUGCAACUACUGACAAAGCACAUGGCCUUCCAAACGAGCCUUUUGCCGACUCUCCGACGACGAGAAAUCGGUAUGACGGUGCCCAUCGUUCGGGGCAUCGCAUCGCUGAUCGAUUUCAUGGGCUGCAGAGACAUGGACCAGAUCUCGCAUGUCGUAGCGGAUAUCGUACAGGGCUGGGCAAUACAGCUGGAGUGGCGGUCCACGACGGAAUGGGCGCAGCUUGCCAGCGUGUUCGCGGAAUCUCUGCCCGGGAGCAGUGGACAGCAAGCGCAGCCAGCACGGCUCGGGUUCCUCGACGGCUUACGAUGGGGUUGCUCGAAGCAUUUCAACACGGGACAUAGCGCCAGUCGUGUUCGGAAGAUGCAGAAGCAAGCGCGAAAAGUUGGUCUUGAGGAUCCGAUGAAGAUUCUCCUGGACGAGCUCGACGCUGCGAAGAUUCGGGUGAGACUGCUGGGGGCCGAACAGGCGCGCGUGAUCCAGGACAGUGAGACGCGGACACGGAGGCAGCAGCGUGUGGUGAUGGGCCAUGCCGUCGACGAGUACGAAGCUGAAGAUGACGAUGACGAAGACACGAUCCAGGUGCGCCGGCCGCGCCAUGACCAUGUUGGCGAGGAGGACGAUGAGUUGGACGACGAUGUUUUCGAGAUGGGCGAGGACGGGCUUGUCCUUUGA